AUUUAACAGUUAAUUCAUAUUUUUUACAUGUUUGUGUGGGCAAAAAUGGCAGCCCCCAUAUGUUGCCAACAACUAAAUCCGAUGAGAUUUUUUUCGAAGAAUCUAAGGGUAGCGGUCUGUGCAAGAUACGGAUUCACAGAAAGAUUGUUUGGUUCGAAAAAAUGUUUACUACAAAAGAGAUAUUUUGGACAGCCAGCUUCACAGACCCACCCUCAUCUAGUCAGCCAAGGGGAGGUCACUCCAGGAAUAAGCAAGGAAGAAUAUGAGCAUAGAAGAACAAGUCUUGUGAACAGAAUAGUGCAAAAUUCAAAGAAUUCAUUGCAAAACCAUAUUGUUAUCUUACCUUCAGCUUCAAAAGCUUACAUGACACAUGAUAUUCCAUACCCUUUUAGACAGAAUACAGAAUUUCUCUACUUGUCUGGUUUCCAGGAACCUGAUAGUGCCUUAGUCAUUCAUACAACAAGUACAGGGUACAAGUCCGUCCUGUUUGUGCCAAAGAGAGACCCUGAUAGGGAAUUAUGGGAUGGUCCAAGAUCGGGAGAUAAGGGGGCUUUAGAACUGACUGGUGUUUCAGAAGCGUAUGAUACAGAUAAUUUUGAAUCGUAUUUGUACGAGUAUUGUAAAUCGUACCAUGAUUAUAUGAUUUGGUAUAGUUUGAAUAGACCAGUCCAUGAACAUUUCCAUAAAACUGUGAUAGAAGAUUUCUUAAAACAAGAUGGUAAGAAAGGGAUCGAGAGACCAGUGGCUCAGGUUCAACAACUGAGGGUUAUAAAGUCACCCGCAGAGGUAGAACUGAUGAAACAUACAACUGAAAUUGCUUCCCAAGCUUUUAUUGACGUCAUGAAGUUCUCAAAACCAGGUAUAAAUGAGUCCCACCUAUAUGCCAGAAUGGAUUAUGAGUGUCGGAUGAAGGGUGCCGAGAUUUUAGCAUACCCUCCGGUUGUUGCAGGUGGAGAUAGAGCUAACAUUAUUCACUACAUUAACAAUAAUCAAAUCAUACAAGAUGGAGAAAUGGUGUUGAUGGAUGCUGGCUGUGAAUAUCAUGGAUACACAAGUGAUAUUACAAGGACAUGGCCUGUCUCAGGAAAAUUUACAACAGCUCAGAGGAAAGUUUAUCUGUCAGUGCUAGCCAUACAACAAGUUUGUAUAUCAAUGUGUACCCCAGAGUUCAGCCUCUCACAGAUCUAUCGAGAGAUGGUGAAUCAGAUAGCUCUACAGCUGGUCCUGUUAAAGCUGGUCCCUAGUGCAUUGGUGGAAGAUAAAUCAAAAUUGUUAAAGGCAGUGAACAAGUUCUGUCCCCAUCAUGUUGGUCACUACCUAGGAAUGGACGUUCAUGACACUGCUCUUAUCAGUAAAGAUAUAAAACUACAACCAGGAAUGGUCAUCACCAUAGAACCAGGGAUAUAUAUCAAAGCUGACAGCACAGAUGUACCUCCAGAAUACCGUGGUAUUGGUAUCAGAAUAGAGGAUGAUAUUUUAAUCACAGAGUCAAAACCGGUUGUCCUUACAAAAUCAUGCCCCAAACAUCCAGAUGACAUUGAGCAGAUAAUGUCCCAAACAUGUAGAUGACACUGAUUAAUGGGAUAAAAGUGGUCAAAAUCAGUAAAAAAUAUCAGGAAAGGAUAUAAGAAGGCAUUUACAUACAGGUUUAGUGAUGGACAUAAAAACAUAAAUGAUGAGGGUUAUCUUGUUUUAUUGUGCCACACAAAAUGUUGGUAGGGUGGGACAGGGCAGUUAGGUUUGCCUUUGUCCACUGUCCUGAUGCCUGUCCCUCCAUCCGUCUGAAUUUGUUUCAUGCAUGCCUCAAAAAGUAUUUUACCCAAACAUUGUAGGAUUGUUAUUCAUAAUAUGAAGUUGUGCAUUUAUGGAUUUGUUGUGAUUUCACUCCAGCCAGAAUUAUGGACCUCUACUUCAAAAACGUGGGACAAAGGACUUUGAAAAAUGUUCUGUUUUUCGUACCAUAAACAUCAGUUUUAGAAAAAAAUUCUGAAAAGCACAUAAGUGUUCAACGCUUAUAAGGAAUAUUUCACCAAGAAAACACAGUAAAUGUAUAUAUUUUAAGAAUUAAGCAUAUGUCAUUUGACUUGUCUCAGGCACCAGGGUUAUAAAACUGAAUUCUAGAACCAGUCUCAGGAAGCAACUACAUGGUCAUUUUCAGGACUGAGCUUAAUUUCAACCAAUCAGAUUCUUCAGUCUUAGACUGGUCUCCAAAUUCUGACUCAGGAUAUCACAGAACAGUUGAUACAUUAAAAAUAUUCACAUAUUACCAAGUUAAAUGUGUUGUCUAAAACCACAAGGUCCAAAGGGUAUAGAACGAGUGGAGGCCAGUCACGAAAAGCAAUCUUGCCAUUGGUCAACUUCCAGUUUACGCUGAGAGACAGUUAGAUACUGGAGAUUUGAGACUGGGCUCUAAAUUAAGUUACCAGACUGGUUUGCAGUUUUAUAACGAUGGGCAGAGUGGAACUGAACACAAUUUGCUAUGAAAGUCUGUGUGAUAUCGAUUAUGUAAUAUCUGCGGUCGUAUUAAUGUACCAAACAGUAUUGUGAUAGAGACUUUGCUCAGAUUUUUCUGAUUAAGGUUAAUUGCUUUAUUUAAAUUAUGGGAUAUAUUUUUAGCUCACCUGGCACAUAGUGACAAGGUGAGCUUUUGUGAUCACCCUUCGUCCGUCGUCCGUCCGUCCGUGCGUCCGUCAACAAUUUCUUGUCUGCACGAUAGUGGUUUCAUUUAUGAUUUUAUUUUAACCAAACUUGCACACAACUUGUAUCACCAUAAGAUCACGGUUCCUUUCUUGAACUGGCCAGAUCCCAUUAGGGGUUCCAGAGUUAUGGCCCCUGAAAGGGCAAAAAUUAGCUAUUUUGACAUUGUCUGCACAAUAGCAGCUUUAUUUAUGAUUUGAUUUUUACCAAACUGGCACACAACUUGUAUCAUCAUAAGAUUUUGGUUCCUUUCUUGAACUGGCCAGAUUCCUUUAUGGGUUCUAGAGUUAUGGCCCCUGAAAAGGCCAGAAUUAGCUAUUUUGACCUUGUCUGCACAAUAGCAGCUUUGUUUAUGAUUUGAAUUUAAUCAAACUUGCACAAAACUUGUGUCACCAUAAGAUCUCAGUUCCUUUCUUGAACCGGCCAGAUCCCAUAAUGGGUUCCAGAGUUAUGGCCCCUGAAAGGGCCAAAAUUAGCUAUUUUGACCUUGUCUGCACAAUAGCAGCUUCAUUUAUGAUUUGAUUUUAACCAAAGUUGCACUCAACUUGUAUCACCACAAGAUCUUGCUUCCUUUCUUCAACUGGCCAGAUUCUAUCAUGGGUUCCAGAGUUAUGGCCCCUUAAAGGUCCAAAAUUGGCUAUUUUGGCUUUUGCAGCCAUAUAGAGACUUCAUUUAUGGUUUUUUUUGAUACAGACUUUUAAAAUAUCUUCAACAACAAUAAGUCUUGGAUUCCGUGACAAAUCAGAUCCAAUCAUAGGUUCCAGAGUUAUUUUAUAUCUGAUUACCUCCCCUGAUUGUAAUCAAAAUUGAUUUAUAUCAGUUAGUACUUAUAGGACUUAUUUGAAAUUUCAUUAUUGUUAUUAGUUGGACAGAGACAAUCAGGGUAGAUAACUAUGAACUGAUUUAUGUCAAAUUACCUCCCUUUAUUUCAAAUUAAAAUGGGUAUAUCUCCAUAACUAAUGAAGAUACUGAUCUGAAAUUUCAUUUAUGUCAACAGAUUUAUUUGGCAGAUCCUUCUUUUGUUCACUUACAAUUUUUAUUUUUUUAAUUACUUCCCUGUUACGUUACUAUAAAUAGCUUAUUUUUAGUAACUUUUUUAUUAUUGGCCGUAGGGAAAAACCGAGACCACUUUUCUGUGGUACAACAUGGAUGGUACCUCCAAUUUUUAGGUGUAUUUUGACAUAUCUAUACCUUGUAAGAAUUUUUUUGUUUUUUUGGUUAAAUGUCUUCGCUUUGUUGUUCCUGUCCUUUGGACUUAGAUAUUUUUUCUUCUUGUCCUCAAGUGCAAUGAUAACAGGUGAGCGAUAUAGGGCCAUCAUGGCCCUCUUGUUUAUUUUUAUGCCCCCAGCAUCUACUGAUGCAGGAGACAUAUAGUGAUUGUCCUGUCCAUCCAUUAGUUCAUCUGUCCAUCCAUACGAGGUUAACCAAAUGGGACUGUUUCGUCUAGCAUCAAUACCCCUUACAAGAAUGAAUUGAUACUAAUACAGAUGUAAACUGUGACCAUUCCUCAUCUUCAAACGUCACCUGACCUCAGUUUGACCUUGACCUUGACCUCGUUUUGGACUCGUUUUGGACUUGGGUGCAAAAUCUAUCGACAAGGAUGCCACUGGGGGCAUCAAGCAUUUAUUGAACACAGCUUGUUUGUACUAGAUGUAUUUAUUCAAAGGAUACUAUAAUAUCCCCCUUAUAUCAGAGUCGCUACAGAAAAAUUUAUUAUUGUUAAAUGUCAAAGAACAGGUUACAUAGAGGAGGACUUAUUUUGGGAAGAAUUUAAGUCAAAUUGUCUUUAUACAUGACAUUAAAAAUGCCUGUCAUUAACACAUUUUAUUUUUCUAAGUGGUAUUUCAGGAAUAUUGUGUAUAUACAUGUCUUGUAUAUUUCAUAAGUAAUAUUCAACACAAGAUCAUACAGUUACAUUUUCAAUUGCCAUCCUGAAAGUAUUUUAUAUGUUUAAAAAGCAUUUGUUUCCAUCUCUGGUAAAUCAGCAAAAAUGAUUUCUGUUACAACAGAAUAGUCUAAUUGAAAUUGUAAAUUUUGCAUUAGUCAAGUAUUAAAACAAGACUAUGCAUAUUUUUGAA